CCUCACUAUUAUACACGUGUAUUUAAGAUUUUUUUCCACCUGCAUGUUAAUCGAGGGUUUACUAGCCAUGGGAAUAGCCGCUGCCUAGGCUUGCAGGCUCAGCUUAACCGGAAAUUCCUGCAGCACUCAAGUAACGCUAGAUCCUACAUUGCACUUUUAGCUUGCAACCAUGAAUGUUGAACAUGAAGUCAAUCUCCUUGUAGAAGAGUUGAAAAGACUUGGUACACCAAAUGCUGAUGGUCAGUAUGUAGUAAAGUUUGGCGUGCUGUUUAGUGAUGAUCGCUGUGCCAACAUCUUUGAAGCUCUAGUUGGAACUCUUAGAGCUGCAAAGAGAAAGAAGAUUGUAAAAUAUGAUGGAGAACUGUUGCUCCAAGGAGUCCAUGACAACGUGGACAUUGUUCUUCUCAAGUCAGAGUAGCUACCAUAGUGUACUAUUAUACAGCAGUCUCAUUGAACAUUCAUCCAAAUUUAAUAUUAUUAUUUGAGAAUACAUGUAUUAGGGUACAAACACUAAAAGCAUACUAAAUAGCAUUAAAAGAAACAAAAGACAAAACAAAAUGCAAAACAAAAACAAAAAACCCAUUAGAAAUACCUCUAGUUAUUUAGUACUAAAUAGUACUAUAAUUAUAAAUUUAAGCUGCACACUUUUCGUGUUUGUACUCUAACUUCAUUAAAGACUACAUAAUAAAUUAGAGAAAACUGAAUACAUUCUUCAUGAUUAUUGAUUGAAAUUCAAGAAAUAUCUGGGUAUUUCACUUUUUAUUAUAAUUAACUACUAAAAUUUCUAGCCUAAAAAUUUAUUGCAUAAGAAAAAGAAAAUUCUAAAACAAAGAAAUGAAUUGUGACUGGACUACAUUAUUGUUUGCAAAAAAAAUGAAGAAUUGUAAUAUCCUUAUUUAUUAAGAAACUUGUUUUUAUAUAAAUAAAUGUUAUAAAUUCCACUUGA